CGCAUCGCGAAGUUGUACAUUGAAUAGAAUACCUAUUCAAUACCCCUCGCAUCCCAAUUGUACAACUCCGUAACCUGCACUCAACCCUGCUGCCCCCUCCUUCCUUCCUUGCACCCCAAAACUCGAGAUUUUUCUUCGUCGCCACUCCUCCUUGUUCACACCCUGAGCCACGCGCCGCAUACAUAUAAACAAAAAUAUACACACGCGUGUUUUCUAUUAACAAAAAUCUUUAUCCACGCAGGGGAAAUCGUUCAUCAAUGGGUGGUAAAAGCAGAAAAAAAGCGAAUAAAUCGAGCAGCAGGGGCUCAAGGCCACGGCCCUUUGCUUCUUCUUCCUCCUCCGCGGGUCGCGGUCUCUUCGUAGAGGGUGGAUUCUUGUCUGAUUUGUCUGCCUUCAGCUCUCCUCCUUCAAGAGGGAGGAAAAGAAAUAAUGGGGUAAAUGGGAAUUCGAGAUCUGCUGGAUCGGGCGGCCUCUAUGAUUCAAGAACCGGGUCGGGUUCGUAUCGUGGAAGAGAGGCCCAGGGGAUGAGAGGGAAUGCAAUUGGGUAUAUGUAUCCUCAGGAAAAUUUCUCUGAUGGAGCUGAAAACCAGGAAAAUGAUUUCAGUGCAUCAAAUCCCAUAGUUCUGGUCGACUCAGGGAAGAGCCCGAUUGUUGUCUAUUUAGAUGAGGGACCUGUCAACGAGCCCCAAAACAUGGAAUACACGUACGAGUACACCACAAGCUUUGCACUGGACGAAAGUCCACACAGAGGUUUAGGGUUCCAUGAUGAAAUGCAAACUCCUCCACACGGCAUUGGGUCCUCGUCCAACAGGCAACAGAAAGAGAGUGAUUAUGCCGACAUUUCUUCUUCCGAGGAAGAAGGCGCUGUAGAUGUUGACGACCCAAUGAAUGACAUGUCUUUUAUGGAGGAAAAUCAAGGUUAUGUGGUAAUCGGUGGCUCUAAAAUAUACACUCAGGAUACCAGUGACGGGGAUGAAGAUGAAGAUGAAGAUGAAGAUGUAAGUGAUGAUGAAAGCUCGAGCUCCUCAGACUCAAACAACUGCUCCGAAACAUCCGAGAGUGAUAGUUUGUCAGACAGUGGUUCAGACGUUGAUGAUGAGGUUGCUGAGGAUUACUUUGAGGGUAUUGGAGGGAAUGUGGACACCAUUAAUGUCAAUCGGCUUAUAAGACAGGUUUCUGGCGUGUCUGAUGAUGAUGAUGAUGAUGAUGAAGGCAGUUUGGACGAAACUGUCAACAAGUUGGGUGGGAUUUAUCUUCAGGAGGCUUCAAGGCAGUAUGGGAUGAUGCCCAAGUUGGGGAGAAAGUAUUACAGAGAAGAUAAAAAGUCAACGCCUGUUAAGUAUGCAAGCCCGUCUGCUGUAGAUGACCUGAUGUUUGUUAAGGAUCCAAGAACUUUUUCUAGAAGGAAAAAACAUGUUGCUAGAAUUCCACAGUCUUGGCCGGGGGAAGCUCGCAGGAACAAGAAGAAGAGGAGAAUACCAGGGGAGAAAAAGAGACAUCAUAAAGAAAUGAUUGCUGCAAAGCGGCUGGAUAGAAUGCGCCUGCGUGGUGUAGAUCUUCAGAAAAUAAAUACGAAAUUGGAGCAGCUAGUUCUUGAUGGCACGGACAUGCAGUCUUUCCCACCCAUGCUUCCACGGGAUUGUUCUCAGGUAAGGAGAUUAGCUGCUAUUUAUCGUUUGCAAAGUGGGUGCCAAGGAUCUGGCAAGAAGAGAUUUGUCACAGUCAUCCGAACACCGCACACUUCUAUGCCGUCCUCAUCUGAUAAAAUACGCCUGAUGAUAGGAACUGCAGACGAUGAAAAUGCAGAUUUCUCGGUUACGGGUGGAAAGCCCUUAAAAGGGAACAACAUGCACGCCUUAAACAAGCCUUCCACCCAAGUGGGCCCACAGUCUUCCCGGAAAAAAUCAAAUGGUUCAUCAAAACGGAAAACUUCCGGAAAAGUCAGCUCGUACGCUGCCCAGCCAUUGUCCUUUGUCUCGAGUGGUAUUCUGAACACCGAAAUAAUGGAGCUUAAAAUAAACGAGCCACCGAAUGAGACGAAAUCGCCCUCCGAUGGUAACGACAGCAAACCCGAAACUUGCACAGUACAAUACGGUGCAUUUGAGAUGCACACAACCGGUUUCGGCUCGAAAAUGCUGGCUAAGAUGGGAUAUGUUGAAGGCAGCGGACUAGGUAAGGAUGGGCAGGGCAUGGCGAAGCCCAUUGAAGUGGCCCAGAGGCCCAAAUCGCUUGGGCUGGGAGCUGAGGCUCCUGAAACUAGCGAUAAAUCUGGGAAUGUGAAAUCUCAGCCCAAGCCCGCAGGAAGGAAGGGGCCCAAGGCUUCUGCAACAAAUGCUAAAGAGACAAAAGAUGAGAAAAAUAAUUUCGGUUUGUUUGAGAAGCAUACCAAGGGAUUUGGGUCGAGGAUGAUGGCGAAAAUGGGCUUUGUGGAGGGUACGGGCCUGGGUAAGGAUUCUCAAGGCAUGGUGAAUCCUUUGUCUGCCGUUAGGCGUCCGAAGUCGAUGGGGUUGGGUGCCGGAAGAUGAAUCUUCUAGAAACUAGUUAAAAAAUUUGCGCUUCUUUACCAUCUCGUUUGAGUUUUAGGUUUGUCUGUAGCCGGUAGAUGAGCUGUAAUAAGCUUUUACGACUACGUGCGAAGGCCGGUUUCACUUGUUAAUGCCUUUCUAUUCAUGUGUUGUGUAUUCUGUUAAGAUGCUAGGGUUAGAAAUGGGAAUCUGGUGGAGUAAACGGUAUUUGUGCUUGCAAAAAGACUUGUCGAUGGCAUUAAAGGUGUGGCCUGAUCAGCUCUCACUUGAUUAGUAUUCUGUUGUGUUAUCCUUGUUAUGGCUUGUGUUAAAGCAGGGCAACUAUUUGAGAAAAUCCGCAGAUUUUGUUUUUCAACAUAUUCAAAUGGAAAGAAAAACUUGUGUGCAAUGUGCAAUGGAGCCGCCUUAACCUCCAUUGAAAUGCCACCAUUCUAUCUUGUUAGAAAGAGUUGCAUAAAGGUCCCUACUUUGAUGUUAGCAUAUUGGUAUAUAAUUAGCAUAUAGUGUAUAAUGAGC